AAUAUCGCGAGACUUUGCCGCUGUCAGGGCGCCCAGGCCGGCUGUAAGGGUUGCUGAAGCUGGCGUUGAAGCUGGAACUGGAGGUACUGCAGCAACUGCGAGGGAACAUGUCCGACUCAGACCUCGGCAGGAAGUGGGACCGGUGCUUGGCCGACACCGUCGUGAAACUGGGUACAGGGUUUGGACUGGGAAUUGUUUUCUCACUUACAUUCUUCAAAAGAAGGAUGUGGCCAUUAGCUUUUGGUUCUGGCAUGGGAUUGGGAAUGGCUUACUCCAACUGUCAGCAUGAUUUCCAGGCCCCAUAUCUUCUGCAUGGAAAAUAUGUCAAAGAGCAGUGACUUGUGACUGAGAACAUCCCACUGGGAGGAAGAGAAAUCAUGUUUAUUCCUCAGGAAUAUUGAAGUGCCCUGGAGUAAGCUGAAAUUCUUCUAUAACAAUGUUAUCAGUAAAUGCUUUAUACUCCAGCACACUGUUUAUGUAUUUGAAACCAAGUCUGUUUCUUGUUUUGUAUUUUCUCUCUGGAAAUUACAAGAAGGUGGUCUUAGGAGAAAUAAAUUAAAUGAAAAUAG